UUUGCCCUGCACCUGGGGGGUCGUGUGCUCCCCGACCCCACCAUGCACUCCCCUCUGUUUCCGAUUUCCCUUUCCCGACUCCGGCCCGUUGAUGGUUGUAUGGGUUUUCCGGAACCCGUUCGACCGGUCUACCGUCCCUCUGGAUCUUCCAUGACAACGUGUGUGUAGUCUACGGACCGAAGCUAAUGUGCUGGCGCCUUAGGACUACCUCUCAGGUCCGCCCAACAAAUCCCAGGGUCUUGACUCACCGCUUCAUACUGACAAGAAUUUUUUUAGACCAUCUCUGGAGAGCCCUGUCAGCUUAAGAGCCCCCCUGUCCGAUACUAGAGCUUUAUAUCCUUCUUCACAUUCUCCCAAACACCCACCACCAGCAUGUUCACUUCAUUGGCCGCCCGCCUCCCCCGUGCCUUGGGUCAUGCCGCUCCCAAGCCCCUCCGCCUCGCAGGCCAGGCUCGCCUCCUAAGCAGGCUGGCAGUGGAUGGGAGCAAGGGCAGAGCCAUGCCCGUUGCCAACACCACGAGGGCCACCGCCGCUGCGUCCGGCGUUGACGCUACCUUGACCAUUAGGGACGGCCCUGUGUUCCAUGGCACGGCUUUCGGCGCCAACUCGAACAUUUCGGGCGAGGCUGUCUUCACCACCUCGCUUGUCGGGUACCCCGAGUCCAUGACGGACCCCUCUUACCGUGGCCAGAUCCUGGUCUUCACGCAACCCCUCAUCGGCAACUACGGCGUGCCAUCGAACCAGCGCGACGAGUACGGCCUCCUCAAGUACUUCGAAUCCCCCCAUAUCCAGUGCGCCGGAGUUGUUGUCGCCGACGUGGCUGAGAAAUACAGCCACUGGACGGCCGUCGAGAGCCUGAGCGAGUGGUGCGCUCGUGAGGGUGUCCCCGUCAUCUCGGGUGUUGACACUCGUGCCAUUGUCACACACCUGCGCGAGGAGGGUUCCUCUCUCGCUAGGAUCUCGAUUGGUGACGAAUACGAUGCCGACGAGGAUGAGGGCUUCAUUGACCCUGGCGCCAUCAACCUGGUCAAGCGCGUGAGCACAAAGGCCCCAUUUGUUGUCUCCAACCCCAACGCGACCUUCCACGUUGCUCUCAUCGACUGCGGUGUCAAGGAGAACAUCUUGCGCAGCCUGGUCAGCCGCGGCGCAUCCGUCACCGUCUUCCCCUACAACUACCCGAUCCACAAGGUUGCCGACAACUUCGAUGGUGUCUUUAUCUCCAACGGCCCCGGUGACCCGACUCAUUGCCAGGAGACUGUUUACAACCUGGGCCGGCUGAUGGAGACUUCGUCGGUCCCUAUCAUGGGCAUCUGCCUCGGCCACCAGCUCCUCGCUCUUGCCGUUGGCGCCCAGACCAUCAAGCUCAAGUACGGCAACCGUGCCCACAACAUCCCGGCCCUCGACCUCACUACCGGCCAAUGCCACAUCACCAGCCAGAACCAUGGUUAUGCCGUUGACGCGAGCACCCUGCCGAGCGAAUUCAAGGAGUACUUCGUCAACCUUAACGACGGCAGCAACGAGGGCAUGAUGCACAAGACUCGCCCCAUCUUCUCGACCCAGUUCCAUCCCGAAGCGAAGGGCGGCCCGAUGGACAGCUCGUACCUGUUUGACAAGUACCUGGAGAACGUCCAUAUGUACAAGGGCAACUCCAAGGUGUACCGUGACAACAGGCCGUCGCAGCUGAUGAUCGACAUCCUCAGCAAGGAGCGCGUUGGUGUCGAGCCCUCGCCCCUCGCCGCGAACGCUGCUUGAGUUUCUUCGUUCCUGGCUUGCUUGCAUGGUUCGGUUACGGGUUUGGGGUUCAGCGUUUUUUUGCGUCGUUCAAUGAUUUUGAGACAUCUUUUCAUGGGGGUAUGGGGAGGGUCUUGGGUCGUCUGAUGGGCAGAUUGAUAUCAGUUGAAUGUGUCUUCCUAUGCGUAGAUACCAAAAGUGACUUGCUUCUCGCUGGCAAUUAAUGGCUUCCUACUGUGUAUUGCUUCCCUCGUAUGUUUUUGCCAUGACCGUCUUGUACCCUAAACACUGCAGAUGAGGCCGGACGGUCCACUGGGACGAGCUCUUGCUUGGCUUGGUUAGCUAGUUAAUCGACCACCGACCUGCAUACAUACACGGACACAGUGCAGGCACGCAAACGGCGGAUGUUAAACCAGGGUAUCUAUUCCGUACAGCUGAAAGUUUUUUUGACACCAUCCACGAAAGAGUCAGUGGAUCUCGCUCUACCUUACAUACAU